AUGGCAUCCAACGACUACUAUCACGGCAACAAACCGCCCUCGGCGUCACCGCCUCCUGCAGCAUACUACGCCGGCAGCGCCUACAACAACAUCCCUUCCACCAGUUCUACGCCCGCGCCUCCCUACAGUCAAAUAUCACAGACCCCCGGCGCUUCCCACCCGCCACCGCGCGCAAACACCGUCUCGCCCUUCGAAUCUGUAUUUGACGAUCAUGUCUACCCAGUAGAUUCCACUCAGGACGGAUUCCGCCACAACGCCAACCAUACUCCCCAGUCCGCGAACAACCCGAACGUUCAGCGCAUGAACACCGUACACACCAUGAAGACCGUCAGUUCCGUCUACAGCAGCGACAACCCGAACGACCCGAGAAAUAUGCAGCCCCUGCCUCCUCUGCCUCCCCUGCCGUCGCAGCCCACCGGCUACCAGCAACAGCAGAACCCAUACCAGCAGCAACACAACCCGUACGAACAGCCCAGCCCUUACAGCCAGGACACUGCGUACUACGGCAAUCAGGCGGUCUCGCCGGAUUCGAGUCGACCUCAUGUGGCGGACGAUAUUCCAUUGCAAAGCCGGCAGGAAACCCAGCCCAAGGAUGUUGAAAUGAACGAGAACGACCAUGUAUACGACGCGCCUCAAGGAAGCCGCCGCUCAAAAAGUCGUCGUGACAAGAGCAAGGUCGGUUUUGGCCAGCUAGGCAUGUUUGGCGCAGACAGAAAAGGUAUUCCUUGGGUGGUGUACACCUUCACCCUCGUCCAGGUUGCUGUCUUCAUCGCCGAGAUCGUCAAAAAUGCCCAAUUGACUGGCUCACCCAUCAUGACCAAGCCCAGCUUCAACCCGAUGAUUGGACCUUCGACCUAUGUCAUGAUCAACAUGGGUGCUCGUUAUGUCGCAUGCAUGCACAAUGUCAAGGGCAUUCAAGACUCCAACACGUCCUUCACCUGGCCCUGCCCGAAUUCGACCUCAUCCGACGCCAACAACCCAUCGAACCAGUGCGGUCUUGGCGAUCUCUGUGGCUUUGGGGGAGUUCCCGAGCCCUUAUUCCAGGGCCUCAGCCAGAAGCCGGAGCCCGAUCAAUGGUUCCGUUUCAUUACGCCCAUCUUCCUGCACGCCGGUCUGAUCCACAUCGGGUUCAAUCUUCUUCUGCAGAUGACGAUUGGCAAAGAAAUGGAAAUCGCCAUAGGCUCGAUCCGCUUUUUCCUGGUCUAUGUGAGCGCUGGAAUAUUUGGCAACGUUAUGGGAGCAAACUACGCGGGUGUCAUGACGGCUUCGACUGGUGCUUCCGGUGCGCUCUUCGGCGUCAUCGCUCUUACUCUGCUGGAUCUUCUUUACUCUUGGAAAGACCGACGCAGCCCCGUAAAGGACCUCAUGUUCAUCAUGUUGGACAUCGUCAUCUCCUUCGUUCUCGGUCUCUUACCGGGCCUCGACAACUUUGCUCAUAUCGGUGGUUUCCUCAUGGGUUUGGCACUCGGCAUCUGCGUCUUGCAUUCUCCCAACUCUUUGAGACGUAGACUGGGAACCGACCCCUCUUACGCGUCUAUGCAACUCAACCCUCCCAAUCAAGGGGCGGGACCGUCAUUCCUGAAGAACCCGGUCGGAUUCUUCAAGGGUAGGAAGCCGCUUUGGUGGGCGUGGUGGCUCGUCAGAGCAGGCUUUCUGCUGACAGUCAUCAUUGUGUUCAUUGUCCUCCUGAACAACUUUUACGUCUACCACAACACUUGCAGCUGGUGCAAGUACCUCAGUUGUAUACCUGUCAACAACUGGUGCGAGCUUGAUGAUUUCAAGCUCACUAAGACCUCGUAA